GUAGAACUCACGUCUCUUCCUCGUAUAGUAACGCUGGUUACUUUAUCAUCCUCUUCUAAUGUAACCCUAGUCGAAGGUAUAUAUACCUUCCCCAAUUCCCAUCGAAAGCUAUGGCAUUUCAUUAAUUUCAUUACGUAUCCUGCUAUUUUUAUUUUCGAUUUUUCCAAAGCUGUUAGGAAAAUACCAAAAGAAAAAAAUUUAAAGAUUUUAUUUUAAAAGAAAACCAACCCUAAAAAUUCCAAAAAAAUUGAGUCUUUUCAUGAAUCAUAAUUUCUUUUUGUUUGGUUCCUUUGAAAAUCUGAAAUGCGACGAAGCGAACGUUUCGUUUAUGAAUCAAGCAAUGAAAAGUUGAAGGAAAAGAAGAAGUGCAAGAAGAUAUUUUAAUCCAAGUGAGAAAGAGAAAAGAAAAGGGAAAGAAGCUUAGAGUAAUGGCGGGAGAGCAGAGAAGAUUCGAGAUUGGUUACGCGCUUUUACCGAAGAAAGAGAACAGUUUCAUUCGAGAAUCGUUGGUGAAUCUGGCGAAAUCUCGAGGAAUCGAUCUGGUUAAGAUCGAUAGGGAACGUCCUUUAGUCGAUCAAGGACCAUUCGAUUGCGUGUUGCACAAGUUGUACGGUGAGGAUUGGAAGAGCCAGCUCGAAGAUUUCCGUUCUAAAAACCCUAAUGCUGUAAUUAUCGAUUCUCCUGACUCAAUCGAACGGCUUCACAACAGGAUUUCGAUGCUCCAGGUGGUGUCCGAACUCAAGAUCGAGAAUCAAACCGAAACCUUUGGGAUCCCUAAACAGAUUGUGAUUUACGAUCAAGAAACCCUAUUUGAUAACCAUGCUUGGGAAUUGCUUAAGUUUCCAGUGAUUGCUAAGCCCUUGGUGGCUGAUGGAAGCGCCAAAUCACACAAAAUGGCUCUGGUUUUUAACCACGAUGGGUUGAACAAGCUUAGGCCCCCCAUUGUUUUGCAGGAAUUUGUUAAUCAUGGAGGGGUUAUUUUUAAGGUUUACGUGGUUGGGGAAUAUGUGAAAUGUGUUAAAAGGAAGUCAUUACCAGAUGUUUCAGAGGAAAAAUUAAAGAGUUUAGAAGGGUCUCUACCGUUUUCUCAAGUUUCCAAUUUGGCUACUCAUGAGAAAAGUGAUGAUAAGUACUAUAAGAUGAUGCAUUUGGAGGAUACUGAAUUGCCGCCACAUAAUUUCAUGGCGGAUAUUGCUGAGGGUUUGAGAAGGGCAAUGAAAUUGAAUUUGUUUAAUUUUGAUGUGAUAAGAGAUACCCGAUUUGUAAACCGUUAUCUUAUUAUUGACAUUAACUAUUUUCCGGGUUAUGCAAAAAUGCCGGGGUAUGAAACAGUUUUGACUGAUUUCUUUUGGGAUAUAGUGAAUAGGAAAGAAGGGGAGGUGGUAGCGGAGAAGGCUUUGGUUGAGGAGUGUAGCCAGGAGAAAAUAGCAGGACUGAUGGAAGGCAGGUGCUUAGUUGUGAGGAAGAAGUAAGGAAAAUUGUGACCAAUUCUUGCUGUAGUGAUGGGGAAGAGAAGGAGAACUCUAUUCAAGUUGACCGAAAAUUUGUAGGGAAUUUGAUAAAAAGGUAUAGGUUGGUUCGUUUUUCGUAGUUGGUCGUUUUGGAGGGUCGCUGCAAUUGUACAAGGAUUGGGACCCUGGUGCUGGCUUACGAAGGCAAAGUCAGUUGCACAUUUUCCAUUUUUAGACAUCAUUUAGUACAGGGGUGAAAUAAGUAGGUUGGCUACUUUGAGUUUAGUUGUAGCCUCUUGACAACGAUUACAUGGUGUUCAGUGUUAAUCAUGUAUUUUCUGUCCACUGUUGCUCUGGAGAUAGGUACUUCUCAAAAGACUUUAACGUUUUAGGAAAUUUAAGUUGUACUUUGAGGCUUUCAAGUGUUCUAUUUUUUGCUUAGUAAUUGUUUUAGUUUUUCAUCUUGACAAGUUUAAUCAGUGGAUUUUGCUGUAUUUUCAAUAAUACUUUCAUUUUAAUUUUCUUGUUUUUGCCAAUGAUAGUUUCAUUUUAAUUUUUCUUGCCUUUUAUGUGCAUUGAUUAAAUUGAUGUGCUUCUUUAAAUGCUUAUCAGAUUUAGGUUUGAAGAAUUGAUUGCUAUGGCUCCAUUAGGGUUUUGUUAUUUGAAAUAAUGAAGUUGGUAGUCCGUCUAGUUCCUGCCAAAAAUGAUUAUAAGAAUGAUGCUAUGGUAUUUCCCUUUUGAGUUUAGAUACCUAGGUUACUAACUUGAUGUAUAAAAUGGAUAAAUAACAAACAGAAUGAAUACAUUUUGGUGAACUCUGAAAUUUAGCUUCAGGAGAUAGUUCAUAUUAUCCUCUAGGUUUUGUGGCAAUCGGUACUUCAUAUUCUCUUCUAGGUUUUGUGGCUAAUCGGCAUAUUAAUGUGGUUGCUGAAAGCCAGGUAUGGUAGUUUGGUAACCUGAUCUGCUUUAAACAGGUUUCCCUCCUUAUUGCUACUUAAAGAUUAAUUUUGGAGAGUACUUCCAGUUUGCAUGCUAAGUUGAAAACAGAAGCUAUGAGUGCUUUA